AUGGAGUUUAUCUCUGGAUACCGAGAACCCAUCCUGGACUUUUCAGAGGUUCUCUUUAGUUGGUACAAGAGAUAUUUGUCUGACCGUGAAAACAUGUCCAAGAGUGAUAUAGACCCCCGUGAAUGGGAAAAUUGGCUGCGGGGACUGCCCUAUGACCCUUUGUGCUGGGUUAUACAUGUUCUAUCGAACAAAUAUAUUACUUUCCAAUCAAAGAAUUCAGAGCUGCAGACAGGAGAUGGAUUCUAUGCUGACGAUCUCCGUUUAUGUGACCUUGAAAAAUACAUUAACCUUAUUGAUCUGGAUAGAGACAACAACCAAGAUGGAGAUGACUUGUACUGUGUUGAUUACACACUGAUGGUUGCAGAGGAGAAUGGCAUCCUCAUGGGAGUGGAUUUUCUGAUGAAUGGUGGAGACAAUGAACAACUUGGUUCCCGGGCAUUUCAGUUACUGUGUCAUUCCAUGGCAAGACCCCUGGGAGCAGAUCAACCUCGAAGACCUACAAAAGUGGUUGUAGAUAAUGCCAAAGUGCACAACUUCCUUGCCGUCAGUCUUCCAUUUCUGGGAGUCCUGGUGGAACCGAAACCCCUGAGAGAUUGGUCGCUGAGUCCAAAAUUCAGUUUCUCAACCAGGGCAGUGCCCAGCUGCCAUGUAUGUAAGAAAAGGAGCUUCGAGACCGCACUGUUUCCUUGUGUUAAGUGCGGUGCAGUUAUAUAUUGUUCAAAGAAGUGUGAGAGUUUGGAUUGGAAGAAGCGCCCUACAGAUAUCAGUCAUGAGUACUGGUGUGGGAUGAUGGCACAGUACAUGAAGCGUGAGGGCGAGCUGGCCAGUUUGCCUUUUCCCUUUACCAGGGAAGUGACCAGUUCAGCAUUUGACAAGGAAAAGUUUCUCUCCGAGCGUGAACUCACUAAAGGAUACUGGUCUGCAGAGAGCCUCCAUCGCCAAACCUACCGCAUGCUCCUUAAGAGAGAAACGUGGGAUCUUGAUGAGGAUCGCUAUGAACCACUCCUCAAGGAUACGGAUAUUAUCUUAAGACAACAUCCAAUGGAAGGGCCUAAAAAGCCUUUAACGACAUGGAAGGAAUACUACAACUGGAGAAAACUGAGCUUGGACAAUCCUAUCGCUGCCCUUAUGACCUAUCCUCUCACUAUAUACCAUGUCAUUACAAGACUGGUGCCCCAGCAUUUUCCAGAGCUUAACAUAUUAAAUAAGAAGUCACUUAAAAUCCAUAUUCUAGAAGCAAGUCGGGAGUAUGAGAGUAUACUGUUAUUUUGGGAGCUGGCUGUGCUGAUGCCUCACACGGUUUUAGAGUUGGUAUUUGCUGGUGAGACAUUGUCUGCUGAAGAGGAUGAGAGGCAUUUCGUUUUACAUAAAAAGGGUACAGAAAUAAUUUGCUCAGAUCUUACCUACUUUACCAAGGACAGAGAUGGACUAAGUAUCCAAGUCAGAGUUCACGUUCGUCCUUACCAUGAUCUCCUGGCUGCAAAACCGGAUCUUGUUAUUGGGUUCAACUGUGGCUUUGGAUUGAAAGACACCUGGCUGAGCACCCUGCCUAGACUACAGUCUCUUAAAGUGCCAGCGUUCUUUUCAGAUUGUUCACUGUAUAGUUGUGAUGUAGAUGGUCAAGUGGUCGCCAUGGCAACUGGAGGUGUGGCUAGUCCUCCCACCAUUAACCCAUUCAGAUCUCCCCUUCGUAUCUCAGCUACGGAUAACUGCAUGCCAUGGUACAAUAAUGACAUUCCUGUUCCACUUGAUCUACAAGUCUGUCCUGCAGAGCGAAUCAAUCAAGAGAAGGAGAGUUAUAUUCCUCAAGGAGACAUCAACGCUAUAUGA